AGAGAGAGAGAGAGAGAGAGAUAGACGGGGGUGCAAAGUGUUCGCCGCCGCCGCCGCAGCCGCCGAAUGUCCGCCUCUUGGAGCCGCCGAUGAGCCUCUCGUCCGUGUGAGCGUGUGAGCACCUCUCCAGUCUCCAGUCUCCAGUCUCCAGUCUCCAGUCUCCAGUCUCCAGUCUCCAGUCUCCAGUUUCCGAGGCGUCCGGUCCCGAUCCACGGAUCCCACUAGCCGGGAAGGAGGGAGGGAGGGGGGCACUGCGCGUUUUUUCAGGAGCACCUGACACUUCCUGUGGCAGACCCACUCCUGGUGGAGCGUCAUGGCGCAGACCAACAGCGGCGGGCAGGGGACCAACGGUGUAGCGGACGAGUCCCCCAAUAUGAUCGUGUACAGAAAGAUGGAGGAAGUCAUCGCGCGCAUGCAGGAAGAGAAAAAUGGCAUCCCCAUCAGAACAGUGAAGAGUUUCCUCACCAAGAUCCCAAGUGUCUUUUCAGGUUCUGAUAUUGUACAGUGGAUGAUCAAGAACCUAGUCAUUGAAGAUCAAGUCGAGGCCCUUCACCUCGGAACGCUGAUGGCCGCACACGGAUACUUCUUCCCCAUCUCGGACCAUGUCCUCACUCUCAAAGAUGACGGCACUUUCUACAGGUUUCAGACUCCAUACUUCUGGCCCUCCAACUGCUGGGAACCAGAAAACACAGACUAUGCGGUGUACCUGUGCAAAAGAACGAUGCAAAACAAAGCCCGCCUGGAGCUUGCAGACUACGAGGCGGAGAGCUUAGCCAGGCUACAGAGAGCAUUCGCCAGGAAGUGGGAGUUCAUUUUUAUGCAAGCAGAAGCACAAGCAAAAGUGGAUAAAAAACGGGACAAAAUCGAGAGGAAAAUUCUGGACAGUCAGGAAAGAGCAUUCUGGGACGUGCACAGGCCUGUGCCUGGCUGUGUCAACACAACAGAAGUCGACAUCAAGAAGUCCUCAAGAAUGAAAAAUCCACACAAAACCCGAAAGUCGGUGUACGGCCUGCAGAACGACAUCCGCGCACACAGCCCCACCCACACCCCCGCCCCCGAGGCCAAGCAGCCCACAGAGGAGGAGCUGCAGGAGCAGAUCACAUUCUGGCAGCUGCAAUUAGACCGACAUCGACUGAAAAUGUCCAAAGUGGCGGAGAGCUUGCUGGGCUACACGGAGCAGUACAUCGAGUACGACCCCUUCCUCACGCCCCCAGACCCCUCCAACCCCUGGAUCACAGAUGACACCACGCUGUGGGAGCUGGAAGCAAGUAAGGAGCCCGGCCAGCAGAGGGUCAAGAGGUGGGCUUUCGGCAUCGACGAGGUUCUUAAAGAUCCUGUGGGGCGAGAACAGUUCCUCAAGUUCCUGGAGUCAGAGUUCAGCUCGGAGAAUCUCAGGUUCUGGCUAGCGGUCCAAGAACUAAAGAAACGUCCCAUCAGAGAAGUUCCCAGUCGGGUUCAGGAGAUCUGGCAGGAGUUUUUGGCACCGGGCGCGCCCAGUGCCAUCAACGUGGACUCCAAGAGCUACGCCAAAACCACCCAGAAUGUUAAAGACCCUGGACGCUAUGCCUUUGAGGACGCACAGGAACACAUCUACAAACUGAUGAAGAGUGACUCUUACAGCCGCUUCAUUCGUUCCAGUGCCUAUCAGGAGCUGCUGCAGGCCAAGAAAAAGAAAAGUAAGAAUCUCUUCUGAAAGAUGUUCCUUCCAGGAGAGACCCAGCGGGACCCGAGCGGUGCAGCGCUGCUGUGCCAUCACAAGAAGGAAAAGAAACAAAUCAACGCCACCUCUCUCUGGGCCAUGGAGAGCAGCCAUCAUCAUCAUCAUCAUCAUCAUCAUGGGGCCCAGCAGCCGUCUGUCCAGCAGGCGUUGCACGUCCACGGACACCAGACGCUCCUCCUCCUCCUGCUCCUCCUCCUCCUCUUGCAGCUGCUGAGGUUGUAAGAAGAAAUACAAAUGCUGGACUGUGAGAGACUUUCCCACCUCCAGCUGUAACAAAUGAUGUCAGAGAUACAAAGAAAUAAAACACACACAUAAAAAUAUCAGCUUCAAAGGAAGGCCGUCAAUUGCUUUAUGACAACGGAGACUUUGUCGCGGAGAGUGUUGUGAAUAUACAAUAUAUAAAUAUACACACCUAUAUUGUUAUGAUUGUUUAGUCUUCAUUUAGGAUAUUCCAUCAGCACAUUCUUGGUUUCCACCGCACUUUUGAAGUCACAGCAGGAUUCUCACCAGUAUGAUGUAAACAUUCCUCUGUUGUUCUCUGCAUUUAUUUUUAUAGCAUAUUUAAGGAUUAAAAGUUGCUUGUCAUCAUGUGGACGUGCUGGCCAGUGCACUGCACCUUGUCACCGUUAGAGGGGGCUAGAAGGUCACUGAGGAGAGCAGUGAGCUUCUAUUUCUUCUAUUUCUUCUAUUUCUACUUGAUUCUAUUCUAUUCCAAGGCAGUCGCACCAGUGAAAUAUUGAUAUUCUUAUAUACUUUUUCAAGUAUAUUUUUCUUAUUUUCCUCGUAUAUUCUGCUUCAUUUUCAGAGCAAGUUUCUUUUUCAUUGCUUUUCUAUAUUUUUUAGUUUCUCUUUCUGUUGCUUUCCUUUAUUCUAUUUUAGAUUUCCUCUAUUUCCCUUAAAAUUUUCUUUAGAGGAUGUUCAUCUUUUUUUUCUCUUCAAAAUAGGUUCUUUUUUGCAGUUAUACAUGUAUAUAUUUAAAAAAAUAUAUUCAUAUCUAUAUUUUAUCAAAUAAUAUUUUUUGUUCCUUUGGUUUCAUCCCCCAAUUUUUUAUUUUUUUUAGUUGUUUGAUUCCCAUGUUUUACUUUUUGGCAUUUUUGAAUCGCCUCCCUUUUCCCCAUGUUUUCUUCAUUUUUGCCAUUACUGUAUGUAGUGUUUACAUUUAUUUUGUUAUAUUUUUUGUUUUGGGCAUUUUUUUUUUGUUGCAAAAAACAAUUAUUUUAGUUUUUGGUCCUUGUUAAAAACUUUAUUUUGUUUACCUUUAUGAAUUUUCAUCUCCUCCCCUCACCCAUAUUUUCCCUUUUUAUUUUCUCUCCAAAGUUUUUUAUCUUCUUCUAAUUUGCUUUUCAGAGCAGGCGGUAUAUUUUUGUAUUUCAUUACUUGUAUUUAUUUUCUACUUCAGUUGUUUUCUUUUGUCAUUUUUGUAUUAAUUCCUUUUUUUUAUCAAAUGUUUUUCUUUGCAUUUUGUUCCCUUUUUUAUACUGUAUUGAAUUCUAUUAUAUUUUGUUGGCUUUUUUGUUUGUUUUUUGUUUUACUUUAUCCCCCUUUUUUUUUACAAGGUUUUCAUCUUUUUGGAAGUAUAUUUUUUAAUUAUAUUAUUUUUCAUUCAUAAUGAAUUUAUUUUGUCAUUUAUUUUUCUUUCCCAUGUAUUUUUAUUUCUUUCUUUUUUUUACAAAAAAUACUUUCAGUUUUUGUUUCCUUUUUACUAUUUUGUUUCUUUGGGAAGGCAUUUUUUCUCCAAUUCUACAUUUUUUUCAAAGUCCAAAAAAAAAAAAAAAGAUAAAUUGAUAUUUAAUUGCUUAAACCAUCAAGACUCUUCAUAAUAUUGCCUAAUAAAUGGCUAAUACAUUUUCUAAAAGUGCAAUCUCAGACAAUUAUAGUGUCCAUUUUGCCAGGAUUGCUUUAAAAGUGCUUCUCAAACUUCUUUCAGCGCCUCACAAAACACUCGGCUCUCCAAGUAAUGGCCGAGGUUCAAUUACAGUAGCACAGUAGGCCUAAGUAUUCAUAGAAAACAAGGCAGAUGUUUUAUUUAACAGGUAUAUUUCAUAUUUUUGGCCACUGUAACAGUACACACAGUUUGAACAGUAACACUGUGUUUGA